AUGGAAAAGAAACAAAGUGUCGAGCAUGAUCACUUCAUAAAUGUUGUCAAAAGAAAAAGGCAAUUUGAUGCAAGACAACAUAGAAAGCGUGUGCUUGGAGCUAAGAGAGCCAAGAGAUUGGCGUCAAUGAACAAAGAAAAUGCAUAUCAAACUCAACCUCCUACUGAUACUACAUCUUCACAUAUCAGAUUUCCACUAUCUUCUAUUUCUCCAAAUAUUCCAAGUUCCAGCAUAACUGAUCGAAAUACAAAGCAGAAAACUCAUUGUAUAUCAACUUUGAAUACAUUGCCAAGUUCAGUAACAAAAAAACGCCCAAGAGUUGUUUCUGUGAGGAACAUUAACAAUUUAGGAGUUAACCUGGGAAGGAGAUUUGAUAACGAGUUUAUGCGCGGUGCGACAACAUCUUCAAGCCAUACACCAAAUCCAGAUUCCAAUGUCAACGAACUUUUCCAAGAUGACAGUGAAGGUGAUGCAGAUUCCGGUAAUUCUUCAGAUGCCUGCAGUUCAGUUUCUAACUAUUCAAUGGACGAGCAUGACGUAGGUUUCGACACUGACAUUGAAGAAAUAAAUGUUCAAAGAUCAGGAGAAUACUACGAUUUAGGUGACCCAUCAUGUGAGUGUCAGCAAUGUGGUGCAAAUAUGUGGUAUAUGGAGAGGAAGAACAAGUCUCGACAUUCUGCUAAUCCUAAGUUCUCAAUGUGUUGUGGAGAAGGAAAGGUUCAAAUACCUUUGUUGAGAGACCCCCCACCCGUAUUGCAGAGCCUGUUGUUCGACCAAACCAAAAGUGAAUCAAAACAAUUCCAACAACAAAUUCGUCUUUACAAUAUGAUGUUCGCAUUUACUUCUCCAGGUGCUAAAAUGGACAAUAGAUUUAACAAUGGUAGAGGUCCUCCUAACUAUCAUAUUCAAGGUCAAUCAUGUCAUCGUAUAGGCAGCAUGUUACCACUGCCAGGUGAAAAGGCCCGUUUUGCCCAGCUCUAUAUAUUCGAUACCGAACAUGAAGUUCAUAAUAGAAUUGAUAUUUUCAGAAGAAGGGACGGAGUUGAUAUUAAUAUAGUGGAAAAUUUGUCUUCAAUGUUAUAUCAACAUAAUGUUCAUGCUCAGUCUUUUAAGAUGGCAAGGGAUAGACUUUCUGAAGGCAAUGUGGCAGAUCUAAAACUCUGUCUCAUUUCUGAGCGACAAAAUGAUGGAAGAAUAUAUAAUCAACCAACAGUUUCAGAAGUUGCCGCUCUCAUUGUUGGUGAUGUUGAUACUGCAGAAAAAAGGGAUAUUAUAAUGCAAAAACAAUGUGGCCAACUUCAGAGAAUAGAUGAAUAUCAUACGUCUUAUUUGGGAUUUCAAUAUCCUUUACUUUUCCCUUAUGGUGAAGAUGGUUACAGACCAAACAUACUGCAUCGCAAUAAAGGAUAUAACACUGUUCGUAAUGCAGAAACAACGGCUACCGUAUCGGAAAUUGAGGAUGUUCCAUGGGAGGAAGCAACCAAAAGAAACAGACUUACAAUCAGAGAGUGGUUCGCCUUUAGGAUCCAGUCAAGAAAAAACGAGGCACAGACAAUUCUCAGGUCAAGGAGGUUGUUCCAGCAGUUUUUGGUAGAUGGUUUUACAAUGAUGGAAUCUGAGAGACUUCGAUGGUUAAGAAAGAAUCAGUCAAAACUACGAGUAGGGAAGUAUGAUCAUCUUGCAGAUGCUAGGACAAAUGGACAUACACGUGGUGCAGCUACAGGGAAAAGAGUUGUCCUACCUUCGUCAUAUGUCGGAAGCCGCAGAUUUAUGGAUCAGUUAUACUUUGAUGGCAUGGCAAUUUGUAGUUAUGUUGGAUUUCCUGAUUUGUUUAUUACAUUCACAUGUAAUCCCAAUUGGCCGGAAAUACAGCGCGUAUUAAGUUCUGCAAAUCUGAAAGCGUCCGAUCGUCCGGAUCUCAUAACAAGAAUCUUCAAAUUGAAAUUUGAUGCGUUGUUGUCCGAUUUGACUAAAGACAGUAUCAUGGGAAAGGUUCUUGCGUACAUGUACACAAUUGAGUUCCAAAAAAGAGGUCUGCCCCAUGCGCACAUAUUAAUUUUCCUUCAUCCGUCGAGCAAGUAUCCAACACCUGCUGGCAUUGAUCGUAUCAUAUCAGCAUAA